UUGGAUGCAGUUUUGCGCCUUCGUGUGUUGGCGGUGAAGUUGACAGCCAGUUUAAAUACGUACGUUGUUCGCAUUGAUUGAUCUCUUUUUCACCUUUCUCGUUGGAUCAAACCGAAACAUUUAUUUCCAAAGAAAAGGGUUUUUUCCGGUCAAGAACAUCAUGCCCAACUGCACUAAAACGGCAUGAUGUCGCUGUUUCUCUUGCUCUACUCCUCAGUUUUCCUUCCGGCGGUUCUCACAUCUGCUUUCAAAAUCGCGCCUCUGGGUGUCACCGAAGCCGACUGGAACCGAGGGAAGCCGAGUUUCUCCGCCAGUGUGAAGCAAAUUUACGACAGCGCGGUGUUGAAAGCUAACAAGAAUGCCAAGAUCGCGGCACAAGCUUCUAGCGGUCUUGUUGUCAAAAACAAAAAUGCCGCGACGGCCAGCUCGGUUGGUGUCGUGCAGAAUCACAUAAACAAGCAGGCGGCAGCGCAUCUCACCGCGGUCAAGGAUGCUUACGUGAACACGGUGAGGAAUAAUUCUGCUGCGAAGCCAAAGGAGAAAUCCGCCACAGUGACUGCGCAGAAGAGAGAACCUGUUCUCGUACGGAGAACGACCAGCGCCGGGAACAAGGCCUGGAGUGCCAGCGGGCCAACAGCAGUAGCGGAUGCAAGUGCGGUUGGGGGGAACAAGGCAAAGGCACGGCCAGCCGCCAAGAACCCGCGUGGACAAGCUGCUGCUCCGGUUGUGACAGUCAGCAAGAUCAGCACCGGUGUGGAAGGACAAGUCAAGAAAACGGCUGCUGCGAGUUCAUUAUCUGCUAAAAAAGCCAAUACUCAAACUCAAAGCGACGGCCCGGUCCAAACAGCAAAGGAGUACGAGGAGGAUUUUCCCGUCGACGACGCGAACCAGAAUUCUUCGGCGGCGAGCACCACCGUGAGUAGUGGUAGUCCAUCUUCUGAGGCCGAAACUCCCACAGUCGAGGAAGAAAAACCAGUUCUCACGAAAGACGGAAUUCCGGUGGACGCCAAGCCGGAGGAGCACAGCGCGGUGACAGCGAGUACCAAGAAUGCAGCGGAUGCCAAGGCUGACGUUGUCGCCAGCGGCGCAGCGGUGGCGGCGAAGGAGGAGCAGGUGGAGGAGAUGAAAGGGAAACAAAUCAGCGCGGAAACUUCGCAGGCCACCGCGGCGAGUGAUGUCUCGAACGCGCAAGACAGUCUGGCCGCGGAGAAGCAAAACGCGAAUGCCGAGCAACUGGAAUAUUCCGACGCGCAGGCGAACGUCGCGGCGAAAAAGGAGGAGCUGCGUGUUGCCACGGAAAUUGCGGAAGCGGCGCGCAAGGAACUGGAGGAGGCAAACAAGAGAUUAGAGGAGGCGACGGCUAGAGUAGCCUUCGCGGAAAAGCUAUCCUGAGGAAAAACGUUCCCACCCAAUAGUCAAGAUGGGAAAUCUGCUACACAAAUCCCCAAGCUUUGGCUGUCGCGCAUGACAAAUUGUGGCUCGCUGUGUAGUCGUGUUUAGCUAGUGCAGCAGCAUAUCAGAUCCAGUUUGUCAUGCUGAUUCGAGCAUGACGAGUCUCAGAUCACAACGAGAAAACGCCUUUCAUGAGUCUCCGCAUGAGAAACAUUUUAAGCAUGCGUUUUAGCAUUACAACUCUGGGGUUGGGACGUUUUUACACAGGAUAAAAGCAGCUGAAGAAAGCGGAAGAUGAAGCGAGGUCGGCGACCGCAAACCGCUAUCCUGUGCAAAAGUAUCGUACUCGUAGUAAUUGCAGUCCUGCAAUACAAAUUUUUUUCUCAAGGUAAAUCUGCAUGACAGAUUUUAUUUCUCGUGCUGAGGAAAUUUGUAUUGCAUUUAUACGAGUGCGAUACUUUUGCAAUGCAUAACCGCGAAGCGGCGGAGGCCGCGCUUUUGGCCGCGCAAAAGGCACUAGAGCAGGCGAAAGAGGUGGAGUAUUUGGCGGAGCAGGAUUUGGAGGCCCUCAAACAGCGGAUCAUCGACCGGAUCGAGGGCGAGAGAAGUUCCGCGGUGGGCAGAUGGGGUGGCAGUGCACAGCUGUUUGGAACUACGAGCUUGAUGAUCGCGAUUGGCUUAGUAGGGUUUGGCUUCUGGUGACGCAGUUGUUUGCAGAGUGUGAUGUUGAUGUUCCGUUGAUACAAAACAUUUUUUUUUUCCCAUUGUUGAAAUCGUUCCGAUAACAGCAGGACCACAGUGAAGACGAACUACAUGAAUUUUGAGGCGACUUUAUUAGUACCCUUAUUCAGGCUUAGCCCAUUUUU